CUCGUGAGAAAAACCAGGCACACUCGCUCGGAAAAGACGAAAAGGCGACGUGCCUCUAACGGCAAGCGGCGCCGCGCACCACCGUUCAGACGGAGAAACCCAAAGACCAGCGCCAAACCAGUUGGUAACCGUGCUUGAAUCUGGGAGGAAGUGAUUUUUCUUCUCGAGAGUGCUUAUUUCCUCAAGUGGCACCCCUGGUCUGCCUCUUGAUCGCUGAUGAGCGAGGAACCCUGCGAUCCCCGUUAUCCAACACAACUCCUCUUGCAUUGCCAUUCCAAUCUGAACCCGUCGGGUUUGGUGGUUUAGGUCCGGAUUGCCCGUCAUCAUUAAUACGUGGGCACAUGUACGUGUAUGUGUGUGGCUGUGUGUUAUCUGACUGUCUGUACCAGCGGCAGAUUCGUUAAAUCUGGCCAAUGAACUGUGAACCUGACGACUUGUUCUUCCUUCCUGGCUCGCUCAUCUAAUGGAUUGAAACACAUCGUUAACCCUAUUAGGGUGAUUGUGUAUAUGUGAAAGAGAGAGAGAGAGAAAGAGCCAGCGAACCAGGGAGAGCUACCGAGUGAGUGUCUCCAUCUUCGUCGUCUCAUCCUCGACGAGAUUCUGUCGUUGGUGUCUCCCUUAGCCGAAUUACCUUCCUGAGGGGGAACAGAGAGAGAGAGAGAAGAGGAAAAGUUUCGAGGAUCCCCAAUUGGAACCACUUCCCCAACUUUGAUUCAUCAAUUCAUUCCGCCCCAACGGGACGCUCAAAAUGGUCCACUUACCGUUUGAUUAGGAGCCAAGAAAUCAAAGGGGAAAAAGACUUGAAGAAGACGAAAGAGAUAACGAAAAGAAAAGAAAGGAAGGAAGCUCAAUUCAGACCGACCGACCAAGCGACCAACCAAGCGACGGCCGCGACGACAAGCACCAAAGGGGACUUCGGAGAACUAGUGUAAAACAAGAAAAGCAAUUUCAGUUCAAAGUGAGAGCUCAAUAGCCUAACGGAAUGAUUACCAGUCAUGGCUAUCAAGCCCAUUCGCUUCACCACCCUGGCCAUCCGCAUCAGGCACAAAUCCCACCUGGUGCCCAUGGGGCAGCCAUCGGAGGAGGAGGGCCCCCUUCCAGCGGGUCUCUUCCGGGCUACCAGGGGUUCUCGUCGUCUUCCUCCUCCGGGGGUGGACAUUCGGGUAAUAGCGUCAAGGAAGAGUCCGAAGAAAGAGAUAUGACUUCCUCGGUGAGAAGUGAUUCGGGCAACGGAGACCCCUUUAGUUCGGCUGCGUCCUUUGGUGACGAUGACUUUGACAUUCCCCCGAUCAACAUUCCGCCUUCCGCCUUGGAGGACAACCCCCAGAAUCAAGGCAGUCAUCAUCCGGGCUAUCAUUACUCGCAGCAACAUCACCAACAACAUCAGUCACAUCAUCAAAUGCAGUGGAACCAACAACAGACUCAACAACACCAGUGGGGCUAUCAACAUCCACAUAUGAACGGCUAUCAGUAUCCCGAUCAUCAUCAACAGCAACAGCAACCUCAACACUAUGGCUAUAGUGGGGGCUACAGCUCCAUGUAUGGUCAACAUCAACCCCAACAACAGUCCACACACGUCAUGCCCGGUGGUCCCUCCCCCGUUGGAUCUCACAAUACGCCCAGUCCCCAAGCUCACUCUGAGGAUGGGGAUGACCAUAUCAGAAAUAACAACGUUCUCAAGCGACCCUCGCCUGACAUGUACGGUCCUCAUCGACACAUGAUGCACAUGUCCCAUGCUCAUCCCGGGGUGAUCCCUCCCGGGCAUGUCCCCGUAGUCACAGCCAAAAAGCCAAAGAUGUCAAAACGGAAGAAGAAGCGCGAUCCCAAUGAGCCCCAGAAACCGGUGUCCGCUUAUGCUUUGUUCUUCCGUGAUCGUCAGGCUGCCAUCAAGGUGGCCAAUCCCAAUGCUGCCUUUGGGGAUGUGUCAAAGAUCGUGGCUUCCAUGUGGGAUGGCUUAGAUCCAGACAGCAAGGCGGCUUACAAAAAGCGGACUGAGAAUGCCAAAAAAGAGUACUUGAAGAAGUUGGCCGCUUACCGGGCUAGUUUGGUCUCCAAAGGCAACGGAGAUCACAUGUACAAUCCCUAUGGGUUUGCUGCCUUUGCCGACGGUAGUAGUGUGCACAAACCGGCUGGCUAUGCCGGUCAGAGUGCUGAUACGGGCUACGGCCUGGGUCAACCUAUCCCCCCUCGACCCCCCAUGCAACACCUGCAGAAUAUGUCCCAUCAAGGAGGUGUCGGGGGUGCUUAUUGCAACAUGGUUCACCAGGGCAUCCCCCCUUCUCAGGAGGUUCCGCUGGGUCAUCCGCAGAUGCACAAUGGAAUGAUACCUCAACAUUCGCACCACAUCCACAAUCACAACCCCAAUCAGUCUCACCAUCCAUCACCCAACUCUAGCAAUACCAAUUUACCCCAAAGGUCGCCUCAUUUGAUGAACCCCAAAGUCUCCGGAGCAGCAUCGUCUCCUGGCACCCCUUUGAUCAACCCUUCGACGACUGACUCGGGUCGAUUGGGGACGACACUGCAAUGUGGUCGUCCAGGGUGCAACAAUUUGGUCCAACGGUCUCGUGAUGGAUGGAACAAUGAGUAUUGCUCCAAUGAAUGUGUGGUGGGACAAUGCCGUGAAGUGUACACCCACUGGUCAGGCAGUACGUCGAAUGGGGAUGGUUCAGACCAUAAUCAUCCUCCACCUCCGCCCUCAUCCACGCCCUAUCAAUCGGUCAAAUGACAAGACACAACUCAUUCUCCCCAAUCUAGCUCAUUAUUAUUAUUAUCAGCACCACCACCAUCAUCACCAUGAUCAUCAGCAAGCAGCCUGAACCUGUAUUGACACAAUUCUUAGAAGCAAUUAUACCUCCAGGAAUACGAUCACCACAUAUUAAAUGAAUAACCACUCAACUCUGUUAUGUGACUUAGUAGAUGGCUUUUGAAUGUAAAACACGCCCAAUAUCCCCAACCACUCAACGUAACGCCCUUCUCGGCCGGUAUGGAAUGGAAUAUUAUUUCCCAUGCACUUUCCCCGACGCGAUUCUCCAAUAGGCAGGAAACGGCCGAUAAACAAGAAAUAUCAAUCUUCCCACCUCACGCCAGACCUAGAACGUUUAUAUGUGUUGAUCAUCUCACCUUGAAAAAGCCUAUGUCACUGUAUCAGGAAAACAACAUCUACAACAAUAAAGAAAUAAAAGCCUCUUUUUAAUGAUA